AGUACAGUUUUCGCAAUCACGCUUUGACCAUACAAGUUGAGUGUCCGAUUGUCAUAUGAGGCACUUGAAAGCAGCAUCACAUCACAUUUCGUAAGAAGUCAUGGCUGCACCACUGGUCAGGAUUUUCUCAAAGUCGUGCAGACAGAUCUGUCGACCAUGGGGUGCAUGUCAGGCUGGAUGGAGGAGCAGGUCUACCCAUCCUGCCACAGAAACAUCCACAGACCAGGGGGUUGUCUCCUUUCCUCCCCUUCAAACCUUUUCAGAGGAGGAGAGCAUGAUGAAGGAAGCAGUUAAAAAAUAUGCACAAGAACGCAUUGCUCCGUUUGUGUCAAAGAUGGAUGAAAACUCUGUGAUGGACCAGGAAGUGCUGACGUCUCUCUUUGAACAGGGUCUCAUGGGCAUUGAGAUUGACCCAGAGUACAACGGCACUGGCUCCACCUUCUUCUCUUCCAUUCUGGUCAUCGAGGAGCUGGCGAAGGUGGACCCCUCUGUGGCGGUGCUCUGUGACAUCCAGAACACACUGAUCAACACACUGUUUAGCAACCUGGGUACAGCAGCUCAGAAAGAGCAUUACCUCAACCGACUGUCCACUGACAUGGUUGGAAGCUUCUGCCUCUCUGAAGCAGAGUCGGGGAGUGAUGCCUUCUCUCUGAAGACACGUGCUGAAAAACACAAGGACUAUUACAUCAUCAAUGGUUCCAAGAUGUGGAUCAGCAAUGCAGAGCAUGCAGGUGUCUUCCUGGUCAUGGCCAAUGUAGACCCCUCUGCUGGGUACAAAGGCAUCACCUGCUUCAUCGUGGACCGGGACACAGAGGGGCUUGAGAUUGGCAAGAAGGAGAACAAGCUUGGCCUGCGUUCAUCCUCCACCUGCCCGCUCAACUUUGACAAUGUCAAGGUACCAGAGAAGAACAUUUUGGGACAGAUUGGUCAGGGAUACAAGUACGCUAUUGGAAUGUUGAAUGAGGGCAGGAUUGGAAUUGCCGCUCAGAUGAUUGGUCUGGCACAGGGUUGCUUCGACAACACUAUUCCGUACACCCGACAGAGAAAGCAGUUCGGACAACGCAUUUUUGACUUCCAGGGUAUGCAGCACCAAAUAGCCCACGUAGCGACACAGAUUGAAGCCGGUCGGCUGCUGACGUACAACGCCGCUCGUCUGAAGGAAGCCGGGAGACCUUUCAUCAAGGAGGCCUGCAUGGCCAAAUACUUCACUGCAGAGGUUGCAAGCCUUACAACAUCUAAAUGCAUCGAAUGGAUGGGAGGAGUAGGCUUCACCAAGGACUACCCCAUAGAGAAAUACUACAGAGACUGUAAAAUUGGUACCAUUUAUGAGGGCACAACAAAUAUCCAGCUAUCCACUAUGGCCAAGUUCAUUGAUAAGGAGUAUGAUCACUGAACACAUCCAUCGGAGCCCGAGGGAUUGCACUCCGCUCUUGUUACCCUCCAUUACCUUCUCCUCAAAUGACUCUGGGCGAUGCCUUGCUGUAGAUCUUCUAGAAUUUCUCUAGAGUUUUGUUGCAGUUCUAUAUGUUUUCUUUUGUUAAGUAGUUUGCACUAAUGAUGUGACUGAUGUUGUGGUUCCAUUUCUCCAGCUUUAGGGUUAAAGUUAUUUUUAUUCUAUUUUCUUUCUGUCAAACUUUUACAAAAGUCUAGGAAUACAAAAUGUCAUAUCGAUAGAGCUGCCACUAACGGUUAUCUUUGUUAUCAAAUAAACUGCAGAUUAUUUUCUAACUUAAUCGCUUGGUCUAUAAAAUGUGAAACAAGUACAUCCACAUUUCUUUAAGUCCAAGUUGAUGUUUUUAAAAAAAAAAGAAGAUAUUCAGUUAAAUAUGAUAUAAAACUGAUAAAAGCAGGAAAUCUCAUUUUUAUAUAAAUAAUUGAUUUAAUUGAUUUUCUAAUAGUUGGCUUUUGUUUUCUGUUAAUUGACUAAUCGUUGCAGCUUUACCCAUCCCCCUCUUGGCCAUAUUCUUCUUCUGUUUAUUGAGAUAUGGUGGUGAAUCAUGUCAGAAUAGAAUAACUGAUUCAUAUGUUUCAAUAUGACCAUUUUUAAAGAUUUUGAUUUUCUCUGAAUGUUUCAGUGCCUUCAGAGGGUCGGCUGUGACUGAGCUGAAUAACUUAGAAAGUCUGUCUUCGCAGGAUACUCUCAAAUAGGUGAACUGGUACCACUCACUUAUAUGCUCCAGAAAUACUGUACAGUUCCUCGUUAUGUAAAACUAGUAGAUCAUUUACAUCUUAUCAUGAAAUUCUCUGUACAGAGCGAUUAUCAAUAACUUUGGCAAUAUCAAUAAAUGUGAAUUAUACUGAA